AUGGCAGGGCACCUGGGAGCCGAGAAAACCAAGGACAGAAUUCAGGAAGAAUUCUUCUGGACAGGUGUCACAGCCAACGUGAAGCGGUUCGUGGCAUCUUGCGAUAUCUGCCAGCGAACUGUGCCAAAAGGAAGGGUGCCACACGUGUCACUCGGCCAGUCCCCCGUCAUAGACAUCCCCUUUAAAAGGGUAGCUAUUGAUAUAGUAGCCCCUAUCAGACCUCCAUCCGGUCAAGGAAAUCGCUAUAUCCUGACGCUUGUCGAUUGCGCCACGCGCUACCCGGAGGCAGUUGCACUACCGGGCAUAGAGACCGAACGAGUCACAGAAGCCCUCGUUGAGAUGUUGUCCCGUUUCGGGGUACCAAGGGAAAUCCUAAGUGAUCGGGGCUCGAAUUUUACGUCGGAGUUAAUGAAGGAAGUGGCACGACUUCUAUCGGUGCGCCAACUCCAUACCACCCCUUAUCACCCGAUGGCCAACGGGAUGGUGGAAAAAUUUAAUGGCACCCUGAAGACUAUGCUUAAACGAAUGUGUGCGGAGAAACCAAAAAACUGGGACAGAUUCCUUGGUCCGUUGCUGUUCGCGUACAGAGAGGUUCCCCAGGCAAGUCUCGGCUUUUCACCGUUCGAGCUACUGUACGGCCGACACGUCCGGGGACCCCUGGCGAUCUUAAAGGAAGUCUGGACGAACCAAGAGCUGGACGAUGAGCUGAAGACAACCUACCAGUACGUAUUGGAUCUCUGA